AUGUUUACAAAUUAUUGUAUACCAAAGGUUUUUCAUCUAGUUUUAAUAAUCGUUUUUUUAGUGAAAGAUAUAAAUGGUCUGGUGCUUCGAGCGUACAUAUCCCAGCACGGGCUUCACGGCGAAAUCGAAUUCUCUUACAAAAAUGAAUCACUCAUCAAUAUACGAACCAACUUGAAACCAACUUUACAAUAUCCCGACGGAGUCUGGCGCUGGACAAUACACGAGUAUGCGGUAGACUAUAGGGACUUAUCCAAUGAGAGAUGCUCUGAAGCGAGCCUUGGGAAGGAGCUAAUAGAUCUCACAGAAGAAUUAGGUUAUUUGAUAAUACCCGGCAAAGACCACGCUGAAUAUGAAAGCACAAAUACCUUGACCGGUCCUAUGGGCUUAUGGGGAAAAAGCAUAGUGCUAGAAACAGCUGAGCGUGAUAGAGUCAUAUGUGCAUCUAUUUUUGCUACUAAUAAAUCUCAUGAACAAUACGCCCAGGCAAGAUUUACAGCUCCCAUUGCGGGUACUCUAAACUUUAAAUGGCUCUAUACUAGUGAUUUCGAAGAUUCCUACAUCCAAGCUAAUUUGUAUCACACAAAGGCAGUGAAACAUAACCUUGGAUACACAACGCAUAAGUGGAAAUUAUUCGUGACCGAUAUAUUUGAUUCAGACAAAGGCAGCCACGAAGACAACUGUAACGUGCUUCAGCUUGUAUUUGAUCCCGAUAAUAGUGGAGAUGGUAUGAGUGUGGGAGACCUGGACAGCCGUUUCGGUCUCAUAAAGGUUGCUACAGAUGCCAAUCAGAUGAAUACCAGGACAUUGUAUAAGGACGAGGUGCUAAAUAUUUUAAGGAGUGACAUGAAGACAACCAAGCGUAAUCUAUAUGUGGUGAUUUUUGAUGCCAGACAUGUUGAUAGCUUUUUGGCAUGUGCUAAGUUAAGACCAUUACAAACAAAAAAUAUGAAGGCAAUUAUUAACAUGGAUGGCAUAAAAGGAACUGUAGAAUUUACCCAAACGACACCCUUCGACCCGACGUGGGCCAAUUUUCAGUUAGGUGCUUCUAACCAGGACUAUGAGUCUAACCUUCGCUUUGUCGGCUCCAUGCUGCAGUACAGCAUUAGGGAGCUGCCUCCGAAGCUACUAGAUCCUAGCUUGUAUAAGAGCAUCUGUAACACCACAGGCCACUUGUAUAACCCCAGUGAAGUUGACUUGAAGAAUCUGCCACCAGCAGGCAUGGGCACGCAAGAUCAGUAUCCAGUCGGGGAUCUGUUAGGGAAGUACAAAGAUCGUACUGAAUAUCUAAACCAUAAGUACCUACUGCCUGGUCUGGCCAACGAGCUGAGCGGCACGUACUGGGACGUCUUCCUGCCGCUGAGUGGACGGCACAGUGUGAUGCAUAGAGCGCUGGUUCUAACUAGGAGAGAGCCAAAACACGAACUCUGCGGAACAAUCCUCUCGUACGAGCACGGCACGGAGUACCAGACGCAGAUGAGUUCAGCGCAGGCCAUCUUUAGAUACCCGCUCGUCGGAAGAGUUAUAUUCCGGCAGCCUCUGGAGCGCCCGUGGGAAGAUACUACCAUUAUUAUAGAGAGUAUGGUGCACGCAGACGGCGCAAGUGUAAACAAUACUUUCGAGCAUCGUUGGGCGAUACACGAACACCCCCCAGGGAAGGACUACUACAACUGGACGGCUCGGUGUCUCAGCGCGGGCGCUGUGCUGCAGCAGCCCGGCCUGGACGCCGACGCUCGCCAUCCGGAGCAAUACUGCAGGCAAGGGUUGGAGGGACUCUGCAAGCUUGGUGAUCUUAAUACUAGACACGGCAUGCUAUCGAUAGCCGGUAAGAAAGUGGACAGUGCGCGCCUCACGCGUCGCCUGUUCACCGACACGGCCAUCGCGCUGUCCGGGAGGCGCUCGGUGUUGCGACGCUCGCUCGUCAUAUACGACGACCACGGGCCGGUGGCGCGGGGAGAGCGCCUGGCUUGCUCCAUUGUAAACGGUCUUCACCGUCGCAAAGCAGUGGUCCGUGAUUGGUUCGGCAACGGUUUCGAUGUGGCGCUGAAAGGGAAGAUAGAGAUGACUCAACAGUCGGAGUACGACAUCACCAACGUGCAGGUGACUCUGGAGGGGCUGGACAAUGAUAUACGCAAUUAUAAAAUACAUAUGGCUCCUGUAGAAAAGGAACUAGAAUUCCCGUGCGAAAAGACCACCAUCUACGACACGUAUAAUCCUUUCCAUGUCGAUAAAUCUUUAAGUCCACCGACCGCUGUUGGAACAGCAGAUCAAUACGAGUUAGGUGAUUUAGGAGAUAAGUAUGGAUUAUUGGACAACAUGAAGAACGUUGAUACAUACUACAACGAGACGCAACUCUCCCUGUACGGUCCUUAUAGCAUUUUGGGAAGAUCUGUCGCUAUACAUAGAAAGGCCAAAGACCGUCGCUGGGCAUGUUCCUCAAUAGAGCGCGGCUACAGCCCUUCCGAAGCCCGUGAGAUCCGCGCCAUGGCCUCGUUCCACCAUCCCGGGGGAUUCGCGAGCGGGUACAUACGUAUGACGCAGCUCAUACACAAUGAUGGGAGUACCAGUGAUACGGUGAUAGAGGUGAAGUUACGAUAUCCCGGGGUCCGGGAUACAAAUCUGACACACCACCAUAACUGGGAGAUCUUCGUGAACCCGGUGGGCGUGGACGCGGCAGUCAGCGUCACCAACACGCGCUGCGUCGCCGGCGGGUACCGCUGGAACCCUUACUUCACGCAGCUCGCUGAUCCGCUCAAUCACGACCUGUACAGCCAGGAGUGCGGCGCCGACAACCCGCUGCGCUGCGACGUGGGCGACCUCACCGCCAGGCUCGGCACUAUAUCUGUAGGAGGCGAGCGCCAGAUGUUCGUGGAUAGCAAUUUCCCAUUAGAAGGCACAGUCUCCGCCAUGAGCCGUUCCAUCGUCAUCUUCGGGCCGGAGCGAAGCUCGGAGCGCUUCGCGUGCGCCAACAUCCAGCCCGAUAAGGACAUUAUCAAGUUUGUUAACAUUAUGAAGCCGCCCAGAUUUGUAUUAGGUAAAUUCUUAGAAGAUGUCCGCAAAGUAAUGGGUGUUCCGGAGUGGAUGGUGGGCGUGGACUCGCGGCGCACGCACGUGCUGCACCAGGGCGCCUGCGUGCAGGUGCUGUUGCACUUCACUGGCCCUGAAGCCAGCCGUCUGGAACUGGACUUUACCAGGUUGCUGGCAUCAGGUCGCCUGGAGUCUCCGUCGAUCUCCAUCCCGGGCUACGUGAACCAAAAGCGCAAGAGUACGCUUGCGUACCGACAAUGCUCCGUCACCGACCCCAAUGAGAAGAAAAAGACCUCUUUCUUCUUCUCGCCGAGUUUUUCAUUAUCAACCGUCCCAACAAUCAACGUCGCUUUGGUCACAAUCCUUUACAUUGUGAGACAUAUCGUACUG